CGCGAUGAGGAUUGCCAGGAUAGCCUCCGAGUCGGCCGUCGACUGUGCCAAGACGGCCCAAGGGGGCCUACAACGUUUCCAUAGCCAUUGGGGCCCAGGUCGAGUCAACUCGGCCCGGUCAAGCCCGAAAGCUAAACUCCACACACUUCUCUACGUCCUCUUCUGCAGUCAGCACGCGAUGAACUCACAGUGGGUGGUCGUUCUCGCUUUCCUGCCAGUGACUUUCCAGCUGAGUUUACACUCGGAUGGAGCUGAGGUGGAUGCAGACGGUAAGGAGGAUGAUCCAGUGUAUGAUUUCGGCGGCUUCUUUGAGUUCAUUGGGCGGGAGAAGCAGAACGAGGAGCAGCAGCUCGUCGGGCAGGGCCGCAAGAUCGCCGAGACCUCGGAUCUGGCAGGGCCUUGGAAGGCGCCGCUGAGCCCUGGCGACACUUACCCCAUGUCAGCGUCUUGGCCGCUCAGUAGCACAGCGCAGUGCACUAGUGCCGACAUGACGAUCCUCAACGACAUGGCCUUGAAGCAGGCGAAGAAGAAGCUGCCACCAGCCAUGCGCGCGGGGGAUUUCAAGACAGGGUCGUGCUACACGGGGGCCGAGGCCUCUGGGUCGUGGGAUAUGACGGGCGGUUCCGGGUUUGUCCCGUGCUACCAGUCGUAUUUCCCUGUCUCCACGCCGUGCGCCACCUGCAUCGGGAGCGUCUACCUGAUGGCCAAGUACAACAUGUCGACCAAGUGCUACAAUCUCUGCAAAGGGCGCCCGCAUAGGAGGGACGGUGCCCACUGGUGCUGGGAAGAUUGCCAGUCCUGCAUGUGGUACAUCGGGAAGAAGCUGUCAGACUGCUACGGGGAGCCUUACGACAUGGCUUGCAAGUACGCCAAGGAGCUUGGGAAGGAGGGGUGGUUCGAGAAGAAUGGCAUCGAUCCCAACGGGGCCUUUCCGUAGCGGGGCAACCAGACCUCAGCGAUUUCAGACGCCGCUGCUUGUCUCGCCAUUCUCGGCUGUGUCUUCCUACCGUACUUCCGAUGAUGGAUUCAGGAUGUGCUCGAGUCCACGCCCGCCCCCUCGCUAAACAAAUCACACCCACCCCUUCUGUCCCGACGAGAGCGAAGUUCUGGCGCCUGCGGCGGGCUCCUCUGCGCAGCGCCUCAGAAACCGGCGCGCGCGGCGGGCUUUUGGACCAUUUGCGCUCGAGCCUCGCAGAACUGCCGAGGCCGCCCCCCCGCCCCCCCUCGCUCUCGUCCGCGGCUGCGGGUGCUGUCGUGCCCUGUCUGCUCGAGGCCGCGGCCCCGAUGUAUCCAGGCCUCCCAUGACUCCCAUGUGGGGCCUCCUAUGUAGCGGGCACAGCCCAUCUGUUACGAGGGGCCGUGGCGGGGGGCCCCCGUUUGGUGCUGAGGCAUCGGGGCCUCGAGCGCGCGGAUCCCUGUUGUUUGCACGUGCCCCCCGGCGCCCAGGAGCCGAGGAAGCGUAGUUCGGGCGUGGCGCGGCGCCGCUCGCAGGUCGAGCGGGGGGGGGGGGCGCGAACGGUUCCAGAAAUCUGGAGCCUCGGGCUCGGGGAAAUAGAGCAGUUCCAUAAGCUGAGGGCCGGUGGCCAGAAAAUCUCUGUUGCCAGUCGUCAGACCCUAGCGACAUUGCAGCGGUGCGAGCUGGCUGCUUGCACGGAUG